CUCCCUUCCAUCGUUUCAUAAAAACACAACGGAACCAAAUCCUUCUCACGCUACAAUUGUACCUAUCUAUCUCUCAUUCUAGAAAGCACGCCCUUCCGCCUCCAAUUUACCACCAUCACCGCCAUCAUGCAGUUCUCCCUGUUUCUGUCCACUGCCCUCGCGGUCGCCGUUUCCGCCGCCCCGGCCUUAGCCCUCCCCGCCGCCAGCUUCAACAAUACCCGGGUAAUCCAACUCCGCCUGUGGGGGGAGCCCGACUGCGCGACCCUGAAUCUGGGCGAACUGGGCAUCUACGGCUCGCAACUCAACCAAUGCUCGUCCUUGACCUUCGGCGAUUACAUCACCCAAUCCGUCAGCUUCGAAGGAAACGCUGAUGGCUGCGGCAUCCAAAUCUUCGACAGUGAUGAUUGUACCACCGGUCAGCACGAUCCCACCGUGGGACAAUGCCUCAGCGGCACUGCCGCGGGCUUGUUGAGCUACAAGAUGGUGUGCUAGGCUUCCUCCCUUCCAGGGGGGAAUUUUGGCUUUGCGGGGGGGAUGCAACCUGUCACACUACCGUGUCCCACCCUGAUAAUGGAUAUAUGAUGGAUUAUACGACGGCUCUAAUGAUGAAUAAUGUAUAAAGAAAAAGGCGGGGGGGGGGGCAGGAAUCGGGUACAGAUCUUGGGAUAUCACUAAUGCUCUUUUCUUUCUUGUUGGCAACGUACAGAUGAUCAUGAUGAUGGAAUGUUUUAUGGAGAUUGAUUUGUUAUGUGGGCAGAAUAUGUACUUAAUUAUGAGCUUCUUAUGAAUAUUAUGGAUUUCUCGUCACAAAUCAACAUCUUCCAUGCC